AUGGAAAGCCCCCAUGAGCAUCAGCAGAAUCUCCUGCUCUCACGCAUUAUCACGAACGUGGAGAAGCUCAAUGAAGCUAUUAUGGUCCUGAAUAAGAAUCUCCAGGAUAUCAACAUCCAGAAUAUGAACGUGGAGCUGGUGGCGCAAAUGUUCAAGAAUUACCAGUCCAAUGUCCUCUUCCAUCUAGAAGCAACCGACAACCUCAAAGACCCGUCGUGA